AUGAUGCCAACAGAGUGAUCGAGCGCUCAAGUUCUGGAUAGGAGCAGAUGGCAAACUCUCAUAAUCUGCUUUGCUCAGAGUGGCCAGGCGCUCCUUGAACGCAUCAUGCGCCGAGGACUUUGACGGGCCCAAAUCCUAGCUAUCAUGUGAAGGCUUUGGCCUCCUCUUUGACAUUGUGCCAUUAAGCUGCGCUGCCUUACCCAAGGCACUGGACUGUAAAAAUGUCACCACCGGCAUGACCAUCAUUACUUAUUUAAGAUCACUACAUCAGGAGGCAACCUCGCCACCAACAACGAAUUGGCUCCUUGGGCACAAAGGUGCUAUGUUAUUACUGUACACCCUAGGCUUUUAUGCCUCCCUCGGCCUGGUUGCCCCUCAGGGCAACUUCCCCAGGCUCGAGAACAUCGGGGCAUAUAAAUCUGUCAGCACUAUGCCGACGAGAGCCACGUGUGGAAUUCCUGAGAGAAGUACUUUCUGUCAAGCUAGCCAGGUUCAGGAGGAUCUCCACACCUGUAUCCAAAAGUUCUGCAUCCAAGAGUGUCCGUAUAGCUCCUCUACGCCAGACUACACCGACGUCCUCACCACAAUCGUGGGCACGUGCUGGAAGGGCGAUGCAUGGGACCACCAUCCAGGCGCAGAGGCCGAUUCCACCAGCUUCAUCUUUCCGACCUCGAGAGGUUGUCCGGCUUCCUCGUCGACUCUAAGCUUCGGCCCAGCGAGCUCGUUUACUCUAACGGUGUGGCUGAAACUCGAGCAAGAUACUGUAAUGACUUUAAUGGAAAAGAGUGCUGUGGGCCGACUAGUGCUGCUGGUGACAGUCUCCAAGGAUGACAUUCAGAUCCACUAUGGCAUUCACAGCAAACAAAACUUCUCCAUAAGCAUGAAGACCGCAGGUCACAUUAGCAUAGGCCACUGGACACACAUGGCUCUACAGAUACAUGACACAAGUGUGAGCUUGUUCCUGAAUGGUCAAGAGGAUGAUGGCACAGCUUUGGACACACAAACCUUGGCAGGACCAGUUGAUGACAUAAUCUCAGAGGGUGCCCUGUGGAUCGGUAGAAGUUCUAAUGGAUCAAAUCAAUUCAUUGGAAGGAUGCAGGAUUUUAGAUUUUAUCCAAAGGCAUUAACCAACAGAGAGAUUGAAGAGGUGUACACUGGACAGUUCCCUCACCUACACACCCAGUUGACAUGCCGCUGCCCUUCCAGUCACCCCAGAGUGCACCCCCUAGUGGAGAGGUACUGCAUUCCCAACGCAGCCAAUGAUACCACCAAUAACAAAGUGCUCCGUCUGAACCAGGAUGCCCACCCACUGCAUUACAUCAAUGACAAUGACAUUGGAACCACCUGGAUCUCCUCCGUCUUUCCCACUUUAGAGCUGCUGGACAAAGGAAUAACCAUUACUAUAGAUCUGGAGAAUGGACAGUACCAGGUUUUCUACGUGAUACUCCAGUUCCUCAAUGCUCAGCCUGAAGCGGUCCGCAUUCAAAGGAAGACAAUCGGGAGCUCAGAAUGGAAGGACUGGCAGUUCUUGGCCAAGAACUGCAGCUACUUUGGGAUGGAGGAUAACGGGCCUUUGGAUCGUCCUGAUUCUGUAAACUGUCUACAGUUGCCCAGCAACAUACCUUUCUCCCGUGGAAAUAUCACCUUCAGCAUGCUGACACCUGAGCCGAACCUGCGACCGGGCUACAACGACUUCUACAACAGUGCCGCCCUGCAGGAGUUUGUGAGAGCCACACAUGUGAGAAUCCACCUCCACGGCCAGUACCAUACCCAAGAUCCCACGGUUCCUUUCCGUCAUCGCUACUACGCUGUGGACGAGAUCACCAUUAGCGGCAGGUGUGAGUGCCAUGGCCAUGCAGACAGCUGUGACACUAGUGUGGGUUCGUACCACUGCGCCUGCCUCCCAGAGAGCCACACACAUGGAGCUAAUUGCGAACGCUGCUCUCCUCUCUUCAAUGACAAACCCUUCAGAGCUGGAGAUCAGGUACAGGCGUACAACUGCCGCCCAUGCCAGUGCUAUGGCCACGCCUCUUCCUGUUACUACAAUGCAAGCCUAGAUCCUCACCCUGGAGAACACUUCAGAGGAGGCGGAGGGGUGUGUGAUAACUGUACACAUAAUACCACAGGCAGGAACUGUGAACGGUGUCGGAGUCUGUUCUACAGGGAGGUGGGUGCACUCCUGUGGGCCAAGGACGUGUGCAAACCAUGUGAGUGCCACAGCGCUGGGACCGUCAAUGGCAGUUCAGAAUGUGAGCCAAUCGGGGGGCAGUGUAAGUGCAAGCGACAUGUGUCUGGCAGACAGUGCAAUCAGUGCCAACACGGAUUCUACAAGCUGCAGUCGGCGCUGGCUGACGGCUGCCGCGCCUGUAACUGCAAUACCGCCGGGACCAUGCAGCCAGAUAUUACCUGUCACCAGGACUCAGGUCAAUGCCAGUGCAAGGCAAACGUAAUCGGUCUAACCUGUGACCGUUGUAACUACGGCUUCAAAUUCCUCAAUCACACAGUUCCCGAUGGCUGCCUUCCCUGUGGCUGCGACCCACGGGGUUCUCUACACCAGUUCUGUAAUCCUUUCACCAGCCAGUGUGAGUGCAAAGAUGGCGUACAAGGCCUCCUCUGUGACACCUGCAUCCCUCACUUUUACGGUCUGAACGGCAGUGGAGUCUGCCUGCCCUGCACCUGCAGUCCAAACGGAUCCGUUUCUGGUACCUCCUGUGAUGCAGUAACCGGGCAGUGUAAGUGCAAACCUCACACAGAGGGCCGGCAGUGUGACGUAUGCCGGGAUGGAUACCACAGUCUGGAUGGCAGAAACUCUUUGGGCUGUCUGCCUUGCCAGUGUGAGCUCAGGGGCACGGUGAACAGCUCAGAUAUUUGCGACAAGACCACGGGCCAAUGCAUGUGUAAAAACAACGUAGAGGGACUGCGGUGUAAUCGAUGCUCCUCUCACACCUACAACUUGAGUUCUGCCAAUGCCACGCAUGGAUGUCAACCAUGUCACUGUGACCACAUGGGCACCAUGCCUGUAACCGUGUGCAACCCUGUUAGCGGUCAAUGCGUCUGCCUGCCCACACGCUACGCCCGAGACUGUGGAACCUGUAAACCAGGUUUCUUCCUGUCUGAGGAGGGGCUCAGCGAGUGUGAAGUGUGUGAAUGUCACUCGGUUGGAGCAGUGGGGCAGGUGUGUGCUGCCCACUCAGGGCAGUGUGUGUGUGCUCACCCAUCACUGACCGGUCGCAGAUGCGACCAGUGCCAGGAUCUCUUCUUUGGCUUUAAUCCAAGUGUUGGCAGGUGUGAGCUGUGUGGAUGUGAUCCUGUCGGGGGAUUCGAUGGCUCGUGCCACCCCCAGACAGGGCAGUGUCUGUGCAAGCCAUAUGUGACUGGAGAUAAAUGUGACAUCUGUGUGGAGGGAGCCAGUCACAUGGAUCCAAACAACUACCUGGGCUGCAGUAAAGAUCCCCAGCAGCAGCCUCCUCCCCUCGGCCGGGUUCUGAACUCCACGGCUAUAGAGCUGAGCUGGAGAGCCCCUGACUCCCCCAACAGCAAUGAACUGAUGUACACAGUGCUUCGAGACUCAGAGAUCAUCCACAUCAGCCACAGCCAGCACCCAUUCAGAACUAUGCAUUACACAGAUGCCGAUUUGUCUCCUUACACAGCAUACUCUUACCAGCUCAUCACCAGUAAUAUCCGUGCUAACACCAGCAGCGCCACGGUCAGCUUUCACACUCUGUCUGCUGUACCUGAGCAAGAAGAACUCCAAUUAACCCUUGUGGGUCGAGCCAAGCCCACCAGUGCCUCCUUUAACUGGACGGAGCCUUUGAACACCACUGGUCCUGUGGAGAGCUUUACCCUGAGUUCGAUACAUGAUCUAACCGGAGAGGAGAGGAUCCACUACACAGGACUUCAAACAGUGGCUACCGCUGAGGAGCUGCAACCUUUCACUCGAUACAACUUCAGUCUGCAGGCUUGCACUAACGGAGGCUGCGCUUGCAGCGAGAGUCUGAUCGUACUUACCGCUCAGAUACCUCCCCAUCAGCAGCCUGCACCUACAAUCACAACCUUAGGGUCCUCUCAACUCAAAGUGGACUGGGAACCUCCAGUGUUACCUAAUGGUAUAAUUAUCAGGUAUGAGCUUUUUAUGCAGCUGCUGAAUGAGUCGCAGAGAAACGCCACCAGUUACGGUCCAGAGCAAAGGGUUUUCGUCAGUAGUGGCUGGCUGAACCCACGGCCGUCGAUGAGUUCAGCCAAUGAGAACGCUUUAACCCCGCCUGAGAGCAGUGCAGUGGUGUCCAAUCUUGAACCCUUUUCUGCCUACCGCUUCAGAGUGCUCACGGUUAACAUGGCCGGCAGUACCCUGUCAGAGUGGGCCAUGGGGCGAACUGCAGAAGGAGUGCCAGAGUACAUGCCCUCUCCUCACGUGUCCCCUGUGUCCUCGUCCUCACUCAGAGUGAGCUGGGAGACGCCACAGGACAAAGACGUCAGGGGCAAAGUGACUGAGUACAGAGUCAACCUUCACCAAGAACAAAUGUUCAACCCAUAUGCUCCACCUAUAGUAACACAGGUGCUGUACAGUGGAUCAGCACAGGAGCGGAGUUACACGGCAGGAGGACUGAAGGCCUAUGAGGAGUACAGUUUUACAGUUACUGUGUGCAACAGACAGGGCUGCGUGAGCAGUCCACCUGCAUCAGGCCGGACUCUGCCCUCCGCUCCGGCAAGUCUGAGGGCCCCUGCAUUAAGGCCACUGAAUACGACUGCGAUGAAGGUUUCCUGGGAUGCCCCGGCCGAGAUCAACGGGCCUCCACCUCUGUACCACGUGGAACGGACAGAUGUGUCUUUGUCUGAUGCUCAGGGUCAGGUUAUAAGGGGGAGACACUUCACAGGGAGUGGCUACUUCAGAUUUCCCAGCUCUACUUUGCCUGUCAACACUGACUUCACAGGCCUGCAGCUGAGUUUCCGGACACGCGUCGAGGAGGGGCUAUUGCUGUUUGCGGUUUCCCCUGGAGAACAGGAGGAGUAUGUCGCUCUGCAAAUACGCAACGGCCGUCCAUACUUCCUCUUUGACCCUCAGGCCUCAGCCGUGGCCCUCAGCCCUCGCAACGAUGGAGGUAGACGCUAUAAUGACAACCAGUGGCACCAUCUGAUCGCUACCAGGAAACAGGCCGUGGGAACAAUCAUUGUGGACAAUCAAUACAGCGGAUCAGCAUCAGCUACAAGUGGGAGCACCAUCAUCGGUCAGAACACAGGUGUUUUCAUUGGAGGGAUUCCAGAGAAUUUCACCAUUCUCAGACAAGAUGCUGGUCCAGCCAAGCUGGUGCAGCAGGGGUUUGCUGGGUGUUUGAGAGAUGUGAUGGUGCAGAAAUCCAGUGGAACUACUGAUGCAUGGGAGCCUCUGGACUGGGAAACAGCACUUGAAAAACAUGAGACCUAUGAAAGCUGGGAGGGCUGUCCUGCUGUCUCUGAAGAUGGGGCGUACUUCCUAGGACAUGGGUUUCUGAAAGUCAAGCCUGAAAUAUUCACUGGAGGAGAUUAUUUUGAAAUAACAUUUGAGUUCAAAACUGAUCAGCUAAAUGCAAUGCUCUUGUUCGCUUAUGAUAUAGAUGGGAAAGAUUUCAUUUUGGCAGAGCUGCAGGGCGGAGUUCUCUUCUGGGUGUUGCGUUGGGGUGAACAGACGGCAGAGUUGAGCGUAUGGGUGGGCCUGUCCUACUGUGACGGGGGCUGGAACACUGUAAAUGUGCUGAAGAGAGGCCCGUUAACGAGUGCUGGCCUCAAUGAUGUAUAUGAACAGGACAGAAAGGGCAUGGGCGGCCCUCUGACCAUCAGCUCUCCACUCUAUCUAGGGGGAGUCCCACCUGGUGUAAAGCACCCAGCCCUGAACAAACACAGCCUUCUGCAUGGUUUUGGCGGCUGCAUCAGAGAUGUUAGAUUUGCGCGCAGGCCUGUCGUAAGCUUGGCGGCCGUGUCCAGCAGUGCUGUCAGAGUCAAUCUGGAUGGAUGCCUGUCAGCUGACACCAGCGUUAACUGCAGGGGAAACGACUCCAUUCUGGUGUACACGGGCAGAGACAGGAGCGCAGAGGACCUGACACUGCAGCCCUUCACGGAGUAUUUGUACAGAGUGAUGGCAUCAGGAGAAGGAGGUUGGACAGCCGGGCCGUGGCAGCGGGGGCGCAGCAGAGAGACUGUUCCACAAAGUGUGCUGCCUCCCUCCAGAGUUGGGAGUGUAAAUGGUUCCAGCGUGGAGGUGAGCUGGGAGGAGCCGGCGGAGGUCAGAGGUGUAAUUGAGAAGUACGUACUGAAAGCGUACAGCCGGGACCGUCCCUCCUCGCCCCCCAUCAGCGCCACCUUCCCCCACUCUCAGCACCUGACAGGCACUUUAAGUGGCUUGGCUCCUUUUAGCAGCUACAGUAUUACCCUAACGGCGUGCACUCAGGCCGGGUGCAGCGAGAGCCCGUUCGCCACCAGCUUCAGCACUCCACAAGAGGCUCCAGAGGAGGUUCUUUCACCUGCUGCGAUCUCUUUCCCCAACUCUCUGUCUGUCCACUGGGACCCUCCACUCAAACCCAAUGGCAUCAUCACCCAAUACAUCCUCUACAAAGACAAUACUGUUGUGUACCAAGGCAACAUGACCAGCUUCAAUAUCACAGGUGUUGGUGUAUUCACUCCUCAUAAAUUGAUGUUGAGUUCCUGUUCUGAGGAAGGAUGCACCAACAGUUCCCAGGUUACCCUGUUCACAGGUCAGUUGCCUCCCACGCAUGUAGAACCACCCAUCCUGACUGUACUGGAUGCCCGCAGUAUCCACAUACAGUGGGCUGCUCCAAUGGAGGUGAACGGCCUGCUGGAGUUCUACACGCUGUACCAGUCUGCCUUAGGAGAAGAGCCGGCCGUCGUCUAUAACAGCUCUGAGCUUUUUGAGGAUUAUACAGUGCGGAACCUCGUCCCUGGAUCAACCUACCUGUUUCAGAUAGCAGCUUGCACGGGAGGUGGAUGCACCCUCAGUGACCCCAGCGUCGCCCACACUGAGGAGAGUUCACCGGAGGAAGUGCCUGCCCCCAACAUCCUGUCACUCUCCCCACAUUCCCUCAAUGUGUCCUGGACCCCCCCUCGCAAGCCCAACGGUGUGAUUAGCAGCUAUGGUCUUUGGAUGGAUGGCACGCUGGUGCAGAAUUCGUCCCUUAUGGGCUUCGAGGUCGGUGAUCUGUCCCCAUGGAGCCUCCACAGCUUCCGUGUGCAGGCCUGCACGGCUCAGGGCUGCGCUCUGGGGCCCCUGGUGGAAGGCAGGACUUCAGAGAUGCCUCCCGCUGGUCACGUGACCCUGUAUGUCCUCAGCGAGACUCCACAUUCAGUGCGAGCCAAGUGGGAGGCCCCAGCUAAACCCAACGGCAACCUGACCUACACAGUCCUCUUCACCGGGCCAGGUCAGAACUUCAGCAGUUUCGAAACGCCAGACACAGAGACGAGAGAGCUGCUCAGCACUGGUCAAGAGGGCCAGUGGGUGUCCAUAAGAGGACUGCUGCCGUAUUCUAAUUACACUGGGCUGGUGAAGGCCUGUAACAGUCAGGGCUGUGUGGAGAGCUCUCCCACCAGCGUCUCUCUCCCACCAGGAGCUCCAGAUGGCCUCCUGCCCCCCAGGCUGGCAGCUGCCACCCCCACCUCACUGCAGGUGGCCUGGGCUGCUCCAGCGCGUCACAACGCUCCCGGACCUCUGCGCUACCGGCUCCAGAUGAGGACUUCAGCUUCCCCACAAGUUCACCAGUUAAUGGACGAUGAGACGACUGUAUUUAGUCACAUGGUUAAGGACCUUGAACCCUUUACUGAGUAUCACUUCAGACUGCUGGUGUCCAACAGCCAUGGAGAAACCAGCAGCCCAUGGGUCUCUUUUUUUACCGCACAAGACAGACCUGGAUCUGUUGACCCACCUGUACUCUCUGACAUCCAACCCAGAAGUGCUUCUGUCUCCUGGUCUCCUCCAUCCCAGCCCAAUGGCAUCAUUACCCAUUAUAACAUCUACCAAAACCACCAGUUAAGUGCAAGUGUGCGAGGAAACAGCACCAGCCACACUCUUUCUCAGCUUACACCCUAUCAGCAGUACACCAUACAGGUGGAGGCUUGCACAGCAGUCGGCUGCACUCUUUCCUCUGAAUCCCACUCCAUACACACCCCUCCAGCCCCCCCAGAGGAUGUCCCACCCCCGCAGCUUUAUUCCGACACCCCCACCUCAGUGCUCUUGUCCUGGGCCCCACCACAUCAUGCCAACGGUGAACUGGACGGCUACAUCAUUGAGAGGAGAGUCAUUGGCACACAAAAGAUUUCUACUGUGGCCACUUUGCAGUCCAACCAGACUCUCACUUAUUUAGACAGCUCUGCUACACUCAGCCCCUGGACCACUUAUGAGUACCGCAUUGUGGCGCACACAAGUCUGGGUGGAUCCAAUAGCAGUGAGUGGGAGAAAGUGACCACCAGACCUUCAAGACCUGCAGGACUGCAGCCACCUCAUGUGCUGGUUUUGGGACCAGAGUCAGUGCAGGUUACAUGGACCGCUCCACUCAUACCCAAUGGAGAAGUUGAGCGGUACGAGAUCCGCAUGCCUGAUCCACGCAUCUCGCACACCAAUACAUCUGUGCUCAACCAUACUGUUACCAACCUGCUGCGCUACACCAACUACAGCAUCACCAUCCUCGCCUGCUCAGGAGGUGGAGGCCAUGUCGGAGGCUGCACUGAGAGCCCUCCAACGCUGGUAACUACAUUACCCACAAUCCCAGAAGGUCUGCCAUCCCUGUCAGUAGUGGCGAUCAGUGAAUCUUUCCUGGCUGUUUCAUGGCAACUCCCAUCAAGGCCGAAUGGGCCCAACAUAAGAUUUGAGCUGUUGAGACGGAAAACCCAGCAGCCCCUGGCCUCCCGUCCCCCUGAAGAUUUGAAUCUGUGGUACAAUGUUUACGCAGGAACCAAAUUGUUUCAUGAAGAUAAAGGCCUUAGCAGGUACACAUGGUACGAAUACAAACUUCUGGUUCACAAUGAUGUUGGCUAUGCUUCAGCGGAGGUUGCCACAGGGGUCACACUGGCUGGGCAACCCCUCACCCACACCAACAUAUCCAUCCAAGUUCUCAAUCAUACAGCGAUCCUGGUCAGCUGGUCCACCCCAGCUCUGCAAAAUUUGCAGGGAAGUGUGGAGGACUACAUCCUUACAGUUCUGUCCACCCAGCACAGGCAGACUCUUACACUUGACCCCACUGUGACCUCUGUGGUCAUCUCUGACCUGCAGCCCAGCACCGAGUACAAGCUCUCCUUGACUGUAUCCAACGGCGCUCACAACAUUACCAGUCCUGAGGUCAGCUGCACUACUACAGAUGGAGAACCCGAAGGGGUCUUUCCUCCAGAGGUGGUGGUCCUAAAUAGCACAGCAGUGAGAGUGCUCUGGACAGCUCCUCUUGUUCCAAAUGGUGCAGUCACACAUUACUCCGUCUAUCUUGAUGGCCGUCUCUAUGAGUCUGCUAGCAAUGGAACUGGAUCACUGGAAGUGGGAGGACUCUUGCCAUUCACUGUACACAGUAUUCAGGUGGAGGUGUGUACUGUGUAUGCAUGUGUGAAGAGUAACAGCACUCAGGUGACCACGGUAGAGGACACACCGACUGAAAUCGCCAAACCUCAGAUGCAGGUGCUUAGCUCUAGAUCAGUUAAACUAGAAUGGACGUCACCUGGUAAGCCCAAUGGCAUUCUGGGAGGAUAUGACGUGUGGCGGAGGACUCUGCAGCGGUGCGAGGAGCUGCAGACCCAGCAGGCGUUUGCUCCUCAGGCUCACUGCUCGUACCUGGAGUGCCCUGCAGAACAAGACUUCUGUGGCAAGAGCUGUUAUAAGCCUGAGACGCAGGUAUGCUGUGCAGGGACUGUUCACAGCCUAAAUCAUUCUCAUCAGUGUUGUGAAGAGCAUUAUGUUCUAGCUCUAAAGGAUUCUGGGAGUGUGUGUUGUGGAGGUCAAUUUGUCCAGCCUCUGUCUCAACACCAGUGUUGUGGAGGAUAUUACAUACCAGUCCCACCAGGAGAGGUCUGUUGUCCGGACUCUGUGGAACGGCGUGUAUCUGUCGGUCUAGGGGACUCAUGCUGUGGUGGGAGUCCUUUCAUGUCUGGAGCCGGGCAGAUCUGCUGUGGGGGGCGUCUUUAUGAUGGCUUCAGCUCUCAGUGCUGUGGAAGACAGCUAGUUCCUAGAGAGACUGUGUGCUGUGGGGAUGCUGACCAAGGGACGCCUCAUAAACAUGUAUCAGGAUUCAUCUGCUGUGGAGAGCAUUACAUUAACACAUCCACUUCCUGGUGCUGCGUGGGUCCCGGCGGAGAGUCUAAAGUCCACGUGCUGGAGAACAGGACGGUGUCGCUGAAGUGCUGCUGGUCGGAGGUGAUUGAUCAGGACGAAGAGUGUUGUAAUGGAGUGGGCUUCAAUCCGUUCACAUCUGUGUGUGCUGACAGAGCCCCGGCCAGCAUCCUCAUCCCGGAGAAAUGCCGCCCCAGUACGGUGUGUCCUGUGUCGGCGGCCACAGGAGCUUACUGCGGCUUGUGUGAUUUUAGCCCGGCACAGUCCAUCUGUACAUGGGUACCAGGCGUGCCGGUCCCUGCGCACGUUCCAUCUUCCUCUGCUACUGCCACCACCCAAACAGAAGCUCCUUCUGCUGCCGCCCACAGCCAGUUCUGCCCAUCCUCAGAGGAGCUGAUAUACAGUGGAGUGGCAAACCGAUACAAUUUCACAGACUCUGAAUUGGACCCUUACACCAGUUAUGAGUAUAGAAUUGGAGCCUGGAACAGCUUUGGCCGUGGGUUCAGUCCCUCCUCUCGUGUCACUACUAAAGAAGAUGCACCUUGGGGUGUGUCUCCUCCUCACUGGAGCCAUGUGGGUCUGCGUGAUGACAUCAUCCAGCUUCAAUGGUCAGCUCCAAACAAGCCCAAUGGUGAGAUAAGUCAUUAUGUGAUCCUGCGUGAUGGACAGGAGCGCUACCGUGGCACUGAUCAUAGCUUCACUGAUGCGGGAGGAAUCCGACCUUUUCAGGAGUACGUGUACCAGCUCAGAGCCUGUACUGCCGCCGGCUGCACAGACAGCUCAAAAGUUGUGGCAGUGACUGUCCAGGGGGAGCCAGAGGGAAUCGCUGCUCCGUUGGUGAGCGCGUUGGGGCCCGGGGCCCUGAGAAUCAGCUGGGCGGUUCCAGCCAAACAAAACGGUAUAAUCCGGGAGUACCGCAUCAAUCAGAGUGACGUUGGAGUCAUCCACACACAUACAGAGGGGGAGAUGGCUUACAAUGUCACAGGUCUGGAGCCUCAUACCAACUACAGCUUCAUUGUUGUUGCAUGCACUGCAGCUGGUUGCGGAGCAAGUCAGCCAUCUAUGGGCCGCACACUGGAAGAUGCACCAGCAGAUGUGUGGGCAGUGCCCAGGCAUAUCCAGGUGAACUCCUCAGCAGUGGAGCUUCACUGGAGCCAGCCACUCAAAGCCAACGGCCUGCUCUCUCAGUAUCGGCUGCUGCGUGACGGAGUGGUCGUCUUCAGCGGUGACGGAGGAAAGAUGAGCUACACAGACACUGGCCUUCAGCCCAACACCAGAUAUGUGUACGAGUUGGAGGCCAGCACCAGCGGCGGGAGCAGUCUCAGUGAUAGAUACGUCAUUCAGACCCCCGUCUCCUCCCCGGAAAGGAUUCCUCCUCCGUAUAAUGUCAGCCUCCACGGCCCUCGCUCCGUCUUUGUUGCCUGGUCACCCCCAGGUGUGUAUAAUGCAAGUGCCCCUUUGGAAUAUAACAUCCUGCUCAAUGCAGGUACUGAGCAGCUCCUCAUCUGCCCUGCUGGACCAGAGCACUCCCUGUUACUGCAAGGAUUGGACCCCUACACCAACUACCACAUUCAAGUACAGGCCUGUCAGCCAGAUGGUUGUGGUGUUGGACAGUGGGUGUCUGUUCGGACCCCUGAGGGUGCUCCAUUAGCUCAGGACCCUCCAGUUCUCACAGCUGCAGGAGCGGCUGUUAUUGAGGUCUGCUGGAGUCCGCCACACAAACCCAACGGCCUCAUCACUAACUACUUCAUAUACAGACGACCAACUGGAACUCAAGAGGAGCUGCUGGUAUUCAUCUGGACCGACGGUCCCCUAGAGUUCAUCGAUGCCUCAGAUUCCCUUCUACCGUUCAGUGAAUAUGAAUACAGACUCACCGCCGUCAACUCUAAAGGCUCUGCCUCCAGCCUCUGGACCGCCGUCCGAACUCUAGAGGCAGAACCGCAGGGUAUGGACGCACCCUUGGCUCACCCCACCAGUGCCUUCUCUCUUCUGCUGAGCUGGACCCAGCCUAACAUGCCAAACGGAGUGAUCUCCAAGUACAAAGUGGUGUACCAGAAACUACCCAACGAUCCUACGUUCAACUCCACAACUGUUACUGCUCUUACAGUUCUGGGUAACAUUUUUGAAGCUCAUGUGUUUGGGUUGGAGCCGUACACCACAUAUAAUGUGCGUGUAGAAGCAGUUAAUGGAGCAGGUCAGGUGUUUAGUCCUUGGACCACCAUUCAGACCCUUGAAGCCUCUCCAAGUGGCCUGGCGAACUUCAGUGUGGAGAAGAGAGAACACGGCCGAGCACUGCUGCUACUGUGGGCUGAACCAGCCUCUCCAAAUGGAGUCAUCAAAAUGUACAAUAUCUUCAAUGAGGACAACUUGGAGUUCAGUGGCCUCGCACGUCAGUUCCUCUUCCGCCGUCUGGAACCCUACACUGUGUACACACUCAUUCUCGAAGCUUGCACUGAAGCGGGCUGUACAAGGACUGCACCUCAACGCAUAACCACAGAGGAGGCCGCCCCGUCCUCUCAACCAGCUCCUACGGUACAGCAGGUCCAAUCCCGCAGUGUGGAGCUCCGCUGGUCUCCACCCGCCCAGCCCAACGGCAGGAUCCUGCAGUACCAGAUUCUGGCUGUAAGUCUAGAGGAUGGCAGGGUACGGAGUGAUGAAGAUGACUCGAUGAGAGCCAAGAUUGUGUUUAUCCAGAACGACACCCAAGCUAACAGCUUCUCCUAUAAUAUGUCUGGCCUUCUGCCCUGGAGCAGGUACAAGUUUCGAGUGCGUGUUUCAAAUGCAGCAGGAUAUACCAAUAGCCCGUGGCUCACAGUUCAAACCAAACAAGCUCCUCCUAGAGGAUUGGCUCCUCCGGUUGUCAGUCAUGUAAAGGGCAAGCCUAAUGAAGUCUUCGUAACUUGGACGCCUCCUUUGGAGCCCAAUGGUGUUCUUCUGACCUACAGGAUUCAGAGGGACAACGCUGGCUUCCAUUUCAGCUUCGAUUCGAGCGUGUUCAACUACACUGAUGUGGAUUUAACCGCGUACACUCUCUACAGUUACGCAGUCAUUGCCUGCACCGUGGCAGGGUGUGUUACCAGUGACCUGAUGCAGGUCAGGACGUUAGAAGCCGCCCCUGCUAACGUAGAGCCACCUAUGGUGUCUGAUGUCACUUCCUAUUCACUCAAUGUGUCGUGGACUGUUCCAUCCAUCCAGAAUGGUGAGAUUGUGGUGUAUAUUCUUAAAAUGAACAAUGAGGAGGUCUACCGAGGGAAAAAGUUAAGUGUACAGGUUUUGGAUCUACAGCCACAUGUUUCCUACAUCCUCGUCUUGAUGGCUUGCACCAAUGGCGGCUGCACUGCUAGUUUGCCCUCUUUAGUCCAAACAAGAGAAGCACCACCCUCAGGGAUGCCCACCCCAACUCUUAAAGUCACAGGCCCUGAAUCGGUUGAGGUCACGUGGAGAGAGCCAAUCCAGCCCAAUGGAUUAAUCAUAGGGUACGAGCUCCGUCGAAAUGGGAGCCUCAUUUACACUGGCAUGGACACCCGUUACCACGACUUCACCUUACUUCCAAGCGUUGCGUACAGCUACACCAUCACUGCCAAUAACAGUCAAGGCGCCACUACCAGUCCACCGACAGUGGCCAAAACGCAGCCGUCAGCGCCCUCUGGUGUGGCUCCCCCCAGACUGCAGGCUCUGGGGCCAUUCAGCAUUAUGGUGCAGUGGGACCCCCCUGCACGACCUAAUGGGGUCAUCAUCAGCUACUCACUUUACAAACGGGACCCAGCUGAGCCCAACAUGAAACGCUUCAUUUUUGCUUCACAUCACAGUGCGUUUCAAAGCCAAAGUUUCUCCCUUACUGCACUAAAGCCCUACUACAGAUAUGAGGUAAGAGUGGAGGCCUGCACCCUGUUAGGCUGCGCUGCUAGUGAUUGGUCUUCAAUACAGACGCUUGAGUCGCCUCCUGCUGGACAACCUGCCCCGCUGCUGGAGCUGCAAACUAACCCUAAGGGCAUACAGACCGUCUUUCUGCUGUCCUGGUCCCCUCCAGCUGAGCCGAAUGGGAAACUUUUGCACUACGAGCUGUACCGAAAACACGUUUUAGACAAGGAAAGCCGAUCUGUAACUACACUGGUCUACCGCAACUCCUCAACCUCCUGCCACGAUGAUAAACUCCUGCCCUUCAAAGCCUACGAAUACCAGGUGUGGGCUGUAAACUCAGCAGGUCGUGCUGGUAGCCCCUGGGCUCAAGGUCACACAGGUCCAGCUCCUCCAGAGGGGUUGAGCCCACCUAAAUUCCUGCACAUCCACGCCACCUCAGCUGUGGUGGAUAUCAGCCCACCCACCGAGCCAAACGGCAUUGUCAGCCUCUACAGAGUCUUCACACAAAACGAAGACUCAUAUCAGCUGCUGUCUGAGGGGAUGUCCCACCAGCAGACUCUCCACGGUCUUCGGCCCUUCACUGUGUAUUCUGUAGGUGUGGAGGCCUGCACCUGUUUCCUGUGCUGCAGCCGAGGUCCCUUAAGUGAGCUCCGCACCCAGGCCUCUGCCCCGGCCCAGCAGCCCCCGCCACGUCUAGUUGCCCUCACCUCUCGCUCAGCUCUGGUGGAGUGGGACAUGCCUCUUCAGCCCAAUGGCAUCAUUGAAAGCUGUGAGCUCCACGUGCGAUCAUCCUGUCCUCAGCCGCUGCAGCCUGUCCCUGUGAGCUGUGUCAUCAGCCCUGUGGAAAUCACGUUCUUUGGACUGGGGCAGAGCUUCAACAUCACUGGUCUACUGCCCUAUGCCAACUAUGAGCUGUGUGUAGUGUCGUACAAUAACAUGGGCAGCACUGUGUCUGACUGGGUCUCUAUCACCACACUCAAAGAACCUCCUCAGUAUAAGGAGCCAUUUGCGGUGCACAGUAACCUCACCGCAGUGUUUGUGGACUGGAGCGGCUCUUUCUCUCUGAACGGGCCUCUGAGAGAAUACAGCCUAAGCGAAAACAACCUGCGCAUCUACAGUGGCUUCCACAGCUCACUGCACAUCCCACGCACCUCUGAUAAAACCUUUGUAUUUCAAGUUACCUGCACCACUGACAGCGGCAGUGCCAGCUCUCCUGUCAUUAAAUACAGCACAGCAACUGGUAUAGAUGCCGUGGAGACGAGUUCUGGAGGUAAAACAGGUUUGUAUGGGGCUGAAUACAAGUUCUAUACAGAGUUGUGGUUCAUCAUUCUCAUGGCGUUCCUGGGGCUGCUGCUGCUGGCUCUGUUAAUGGGUCUGGUGCUGAGAAGAGCCCUAAGCAAGCCCCCCUUCAUCAGGGAGAGACCUCCAAUAGUGCCCCUUCAGAGGAGAAGUACCAAGUAUCCGCCUAAUGACACCUAUCUGGGUUUGACUGACACUAAGAUCAGAGGCACCAGCACCUGCACCAGCAACCACAGCUAUCAGGCCAGCAUGUCUGUACUGCGUGUUCCCAGCCAGAGCCAGCUCAGCCGUGCCUAUUCCCAGAAUUCCUUGCAUAGGAGUGUUAGUCAGCUGAUCGACACGCAGGAUAAGAAGUCUCUGGGUGGUGGAGCAUGGGACGCUGACCUGCACGGCACUGACAGCGGCAUGUAUGUGGGGGAUGAGGAGUUUGGGGAGACGAUUAAAAGCUACAGCUCAGUGAAGAAGGAGCAAACCAUGUUUACAGAUACUCACUUGUAAAGCGAUCACACACAAACACACCUACAACUGUGGAAAACAUUCUUGGUAAUGUAGUUUUUCUCCAGCGUAUUAUGUAGCUGAGUGAAUAUCACAUUUACAACAAUAAAGUAAGACCAGCGACAGUUACAAAUGAAUGCAGUGUAUGUAUAAAAUAUCAAUUAAAUGGUUUGGAGAUCACCUUCAUUUGGUUUAUUUAAACACGACAAAACUGUAAUGGAAUGUAACGAGAAAUUAGCUGUAUUUCAUAAUGCUGUUUUUUUUUUUUUUUUUUUUUAUUAGUCGGAGAUGCAAUGGUCAUUUAUAUGUUGCAGCUAAGUGUUGACUACCUCUGACAUCACCUUAUUGCUUCCGUUUUAAUCCUAAAAUGACUUAUUUACAUUACAAUCUGCUCAUAUUGGUUUUAUUUUGUUUAAAAGAAAAUUGUGGUUGAAUAUCAUAUU